AUGGCUACUCUUCCGUUUACAGUCACGACAUCAAACAAGCUUCAAAUAGAUGAAGAAGAGGAGUCGAUGGAAGAUAUCAGGACAAUGCAAGCCUGGGCGGUUGACAUCUCGAACUCGAAAUACAUAGCGACAAUGUUAAAAUGGCUGAAACAGUCGGGCCUCGAGAGCGAUACUCUAUCACAUCUCAAACGCAUCAGGAAAAGAGACAGUAUCUCCACGCUCCUGCUUAGUGUCUCGUCCUCUGUUCCUGUACUUCCUACGAACAUUGAUAUCGGAGAUCCCUAUCAGAUUUCUGUCCCCUGCAAUCCCGCUUUAACACAAACGGCACUUAUCUUAAAAAAUACGUUGUGGCCUACUGUAUACGCACCACGGCGGAAAUGGGAACCAGAGAAAUGGUCUAUUGCUAAAGUUCAAUGGGCUCGUGAUGCCAUCAAUCACAUUUUACGAAAUACUGCUGAGACAGCGUCAAGUGACGAGCUUCCGGUCGUUGCAUACGUGCCUAAGCCCUUCGAAGACGAAGCUCUAUUGUCUCGGUCAUUUACAGCCAAAGACACGCGUAUAUCCACUGGGCAUCCUUUGCGCCAUGCUGCAAUGAACAUCAUUCGAAACGUAGCUGAUUGGCGUGCACAAACGACCCCCGCCGAUCUUCUAUCUGACCCCCUGAAGCCCGCUACUUCCUCUUCCAACGGCAGCCUUGGAAUCUCAGGCACAUCGUGCAACGGCGUAAAUUACCUGCUAACUGGGCUUACGCUCUUCAUAACCCACGAACCAUGCAUCAUGUGCAGCAUGGCACUGCUGCAUUCGCGCGUCAAAGAGGUUUUUUACAUUGUCCCCAUGCCACGGACGGGAGGAUGCGGUGGAUCUGCAUGUCUACCUGCGCUCAAGGGUGUUAACCACCGCUACAGCAUUGCGCACUGGAGACAAAAAGAAGGCAGCGCCCCGGCACAUCUUGAUGAGCAGAUAGAUGCAUAACGAUCGGAUAGAUGUAUGAUGAAACAGUACUCACUAGUCACAUAUCAUACAUGAUCUCCGUCAGACCCCAUUAACCGUCUUACAUAGAUGCUACCGGUCAUCC